UCUGUUCCUGCCUCUUGCUUGGACCACUAACACCAACCACGGCCGAGUUGAUCGUCAAGUAACAAGAGGGAAGGAGCAGGAUGCCGCCCAAGGACCCCGAGGUAGAGAAGCUCAAGAAGGAGCUUCAGGAUGCCAUCGCCAAGGUGCAGGAGGACCAAAAGAGCAAGGCGGACACGGAUAUGAGUGGCGCGUGCGGGGACCUCAGCGAGGCACCGAAGGUCCGUGCAAUGUGCAAGAGGAUGUGCAAAGGACACAUCAACAAGGUUAACAGUGUCCACUUCUCGGGUGACAGCAGACACUUGGUAUCGGGGUCCCUGGACGGCAAACUCAUCAUUUGGGACAUCUUCACCGGCAACAAGACCCAGGUUAUCCCACUCAGGUCAGCCUGGGUCAUGUCCGUGGCCUUCUCGCCUUCGGGGAACCUCGUCGCGAGCGGCGGAAUGGACAACCAGUGCACUGUGCAUGACAUCAACGACCGGGACUCAACCGGAGUCGCCAAAAUCGCCCGUGAGAUGCUUGGCUACGAGGGCUUCCUGUCGUCCAUGAGGUUCCUGGACGACGACAACCUCAUUACGGGAUCCGGUGACAUGAAAGUGAUCCACUGGGACGUCAAAACGGGCAAGAAGGUGCACGAGUACUUCGGGCAUUCAGGCGACGUGGCUACCAUGAGUCUCUCGAGCGACCACAGCGUCUUCGCGACGGGUUCCGUGGACCGCACCAUCAAAGUGUGGGACCUCCGGGACCCCAAGACGUGCAAGCAGACCUUCUGGGGACACACGUCCGACGUCAACUCCGUCUACAUGCACCCGUCCAACAUGGCGAUCGCGUCGGGCUCGGAGGACAAGACAGCCCGUCUGUGGGACUUGCGCAGCGACCAGCAGGUGUGCGAGUACAAGCCGCCCACCGCCAACUCCGGCUUCACCUGCUGCGGGAUGAGCAAGUCGGGAAGAUACAUCAUCUGUGGCUCCGACGACAACACCAUUCACAUGUGGGACUCCUUGAAGGGGAGUCACGCAGGAUCUUUGCAAGGCCACGAGAACAGGAUCACAUCCCUGGCCGUGGCUGAGAGCGGCAUCGCCUUUGCCACCUCCUCGUGGGACAUGUCGGUGCGGGUCUGGGCCCUCUGAGCGCCUCGCCAAAAAAAAAAAAAGAACGUCGGCCCGGUUUCCCUUUCCCGACGUCGUCUCUUGGCUUGUCUUCUUGUUCUUCUCUUCCAUGUCUUCCUUCUUUUUUCGUUACGUUUUGUUGUUUGUCUCGUCCUCUGUCUCUGUUUUAGUUUAUUGACUGAUUAAUCCGUUUGUUUAUUCUUGUUUAUCAUUUAUUUUUAUUUUUUAUUGUUUACCCCUUCGACGUCCUGUUCUUCUUUGUUCUGACCUUUGUCCUGUCGUUUCUUGGAGAUUGAACACGAAAUGGAAGAAGAAAGAAUAAGAAACAUAAAAUAAAAGGCUAAGCAGAAUGAUUAAUGACGCUUUAAGUAGGAGUAAAUAGGAACUCCAUUUUCCUUUACUUCAUCCUCGUCAAGUUUCAUAAAUAGACAAUCGCAAGGAGUCGAAAAGCUUCUAUUAUCUUAUCAUAAAACAUCUCUUCGAUUAAGUCUACAUCGAAUCAAAUGUUAUAUUGAAGUGAAACAGGGAAGAAGCGUCAGAGAAAAGCCUUUCCUCGUCAGAAUCUCCAUCUUCGCUUAGUUUGUAAACGGCAAAAAUCGGCCACUUUUAACCUUACGAAGAGACAGUGACAUCAUAUCAGUUCGAUGACGUUAUAGUGCAAUAAUGACGUCACUAGAAUCGAAAGAAAGGAUGCAAUAUUGUAACUAUAAAGAGAUGAAACACUGGAAUUAUGUAAAACAAUAGAAAUUAAUUACAUUUUAGCUUGCUUUCACUUGUUUUCGCGUCGUUUCGGUUAAUGUUUUUGUGUUCUGAUCCUAUAUAAACGAUUAGAUAGUAACAAUAGGAUAGAAUGACUCAUGUUCCUUAUACCCACAUGUUUUUUCCGGCCACUAAAUUGUACCUUGUGGCCUGACUGCAAUUAUAACGUGGUCAGCUGAAAUAAAAUCAAGAAAAUGUU